UGUUCGUUGUGUACCCAGAAGUCCUCUCCACCAUGCCUGUCUUUCAGCUGUGGGCCCCUCUGUUCUUCUUUAUGCUUCUCUGUCUGGGACUGGACAGCCAGUUCGCUACAGUUGAGGUGGCAAUAACCUUCAUAAAAGAUGAGUUUGGGCCCCAAGUUCUGCGCUUCUUAAAGAGAGAGGAGCUGCUCACCAUGGUCAUGUGCAUCAUUGGCUUCAUCCUGGGAAUUCCUCAUGUAACCAAGGGAGGCAUCUAUGUGUUUCAACUGAUGGACCACUACACUGCUGUGGUCUCACUUGUGUUCCUGGCUUUCUUCGAAGUUGUUGCUGUAUGCUGGAUCUUUGGUGUUCCACGGCUUUCCUUCAUGGUCAAGAGGAUGCAAGGAAAAAAUCCAAACAUCUAUUUUCGAGUGUGUUGGCUGCUUCUCUCUCCUCUAUUGGUGCUGUGCAUACUGAUCUCCAGCAUCGUCUACUACACCCCCGCUCACUACGGGGAGUACUCGUACCCAGGCUGGGCCGAAGGUGUGGGCUGGUGCGUCUCCCUGGUCUCCAUCGUCUGGAUCCCACUCGGAGCCAUUCAAGAGAUCAAUAGACACAAAGGAUCACUUCUCCUGAGACUUAAAACAGCCAUGAUUCCCACAAUCGACCUGAAUGCUGACGGGUCUCUGCCGGAUCAAAACCUAGAGAACCCAGCGCUGGAAACCAUGUUGACUUUAGUGGCCUGACAAGUUGUGAGUCUCCUGUGAAAGGGUUCAAAUCAGAGAGACUGUUGAGUGAUGGAACAAAACCAUACCUUCUAUUCAAUAGAAGGUAUGGUUUUGUUUGAAUUAUUGUUUUAUGCAAUGUAAUCUAUUGCAUAAAACAAUAAUUCUUUAUUUGAGACUCACAAAGUUGUUCUUUCAAACCAAAGAUAUAAAUUAAGAUUAAUUUGAUUGAUUCUUCAGUAGAAAAUGCCUGCUAUAUUCAGUAAUGUUUUCUAGAGAAUAUUAUCUAUCUAUGAUAAAGGUGAAAAUGUAUCUUUAGACCAAAUCCUUGCAGACCAAGUCUAAUAUGUCACAAAAGGGCUGAAGAGAACUAAACCUCCACAUGCAGCAGGGGAAUGCAGCCUUUGGCCUCAGAUUGUGUCCACAACCAUUUAUCUCUGUUGCCUUUAGACCCCUAAAAGUGUUUUGUUUAAUCUAGCCUUCAGGCAAUCCUCUUCUAUUUGUAAGGUGAGAACUUGCUAUGUUUUGGCGGUCAGUACCGGGAAUUGUAGAAUGAAAAAAACAAGCUUUGUGUAGAACCUAAACAAAACCUCCUCACUGUUGAUGAUUUCUUAAUUCCAAGACAUAACAAGAUAAAUUAGUACAGUAAAGGCUUGUAUAUACUUAUCUUACAUGUGUUACCCUUUAACACUGUUGCUAGUUGUCUGCCUGUUGAAACAGAGCUAUCUAUUCUAGUUCUCCACCGUAUUUUACACAUUAUCCCCAAUUUGGGGGCAGCUGCCAGUGCAAACUGGACGAUUGAUGUGAGCCGCCUGAACGCAUCAUUAGUUUUGACCUCUGCGUGGCCCGACUGUCUCAGUUUGGAGAAGCAGCUGCGUGGCCCGACUGUCUCAGUUUGGAGAAGCAGUUCCAGGUGUUCUGCACAUCCAUCCUGAUGGAGACCCAGCUUCUAUCCUCUGACACAGAUUGUGCUUCAGCCUGAACAGAAGGGACGUGUAGACAACAAAACCUAAGUGGUUUAUUAUAUUUAGCGUUUCAAUCUCGCUGAACAGCCUUGGAGUGAACACACAUAACAAGAGAUGUUCAAUUAAAAACUGAAAGCAUACACACAACCUGAUAAAUACAAUUUAUUUUUCGGAAUUACAGACGUACAUGUCUUACAUGCACUUGAAUAGUUUCAUAUUUAUCGUGCGUAAGUUUUUCAAUGCAAUUUGCUGCAAAGGUUGCGUAAUGUUACAUGGUCACAUGGUUGAGGACUGGUUUUGGCAUCAUUUUGAACCUUGGUGCGAGCAACUCACAAGAUUUUGAGAUAUUUUUAAUGUCGCCUUAUACUUACAACUUAUUUAAACUCUUUAACUUAGUUAUCUGGUGUUGGGUAUGGCCUUUUUGUAUUUUUUAAAUGAAUGACUCAAUGUUGUGGUUUUACCAAGAUGGUACCAGAUCAAGUUUCGAGAACAGUUUCAGUCAGUGUUGGAUGUAAGUUAAAGUGUAAGAUUUGGGUAAUUAUAUUAUGUAGACAAAAUACUUGUGACAUAAAUCGUUUGAGACGUUUUUGUCUUACCAGGGAACAAAUCAAACAAACCGUCAUUCAGGUUCUGAUUAAAUAAAAAUGUGCAGGAACCAGUUAAUACUUUUCUCAAUAAUGAUGGUCACCAUUUACACUGUAUCACGCCUUUAAAAGAUGAAAAUGCAUUUAUGUAUCUGUCUUCAUAUUUGUGGAGGAAACUUACGUUAAGUUAAAUAAGUGACCAGAGGGUUAAAAUUUUGAAAAGUUUUUGAAAACCAUCACAGACUAAAUGUUACUUGCCUCAAGUGCCUUUCGUGAAAACAUUCUGUUUUAAAUGAUUUGCUGCUGCACUGUGCUUGAA